UCUUAAUAUAUUACUCAACCUUGUUAAAGAUUAAUUAACUACUUGAACCAAAAAAGAUUAAUUAGCUACUUAAUUAUUUUUUGUUUCUUUAGUGAACAGUAAAAAUAUAGAUAGCUACUUAAUUUUGUAUCAUUUGUGUAUAUAUGUCUCUGUAAAUUUUGAGCAUUAUUUUUUUUUUCUUCAGAUGAACGAGUUUAAAUCUACCCCAGGACUUUCAUCAUCAGCACCUCUAAAUAUGAACCGAGAUAUUCAUUGUAAAAGAGCUGAUGAUUCAGAACCCCGAAUCUCCUUAGAUUCAAUGAAAAAAGGUUCAAGGUCAGUGAAUGUUGAAGAGGACACAAAUGAGUUGCCCUUGCCUAAAUCAUCUAAGCAACACUCACAUUCAUCAUCAGGAAACAUUAGAGAGUCACAUGCAAAGGAAAAAUCAGACAAACCAAGGCAACCAAAAAAACAUUCGAAACAUUCAACACCAAAUAAUGAUUCAUUCAACAAUGAAUCAAAACUCACAACAACAGAGCAAAGUAGAUCAAUGGAUACAGAUUCUCUCCAACUCCAUGGAACAACUAAUGAUAACUUACCAUCUAAAAGGACUUAUUCUAAGAAGACAAAAGAUAUUCAAGGGGUUGGUGGCUCAUCCAAAGCAAGAUCAAAAGCCCAACAUAAGGAGCCUGAUUCCGGUGAAGGAACACAUUCUAGAUCCAGUUCAAAAUCUAAGGAGUCCAAUUCUAAUGAAGGAUCUCAUUCAAGAACAGGUUCAAAAUCUAGAGACCCUGAUUCUAAAGAAGGACCUCAUUCGAGGUCCGGCUCCAAAUCGAAGAAUCUAAACUCGAACGAAGGACACCCUUCCAGACACGAUGCCAAAUCUAAGAGCAAGCAUAGACUCAGCGAAGAUGGACAACUUGAGAGAGAAUCCAAUGAAGAUCUAUUGAGAAAAUAUACAAACUAGAAAAUGUUUGUUUGUUUGUUUGUACUACUAAUUGGAGUGUUGCAUACCCAAAAAAAAUUGUAAUAUAUCUAGUCUUCUGCCUUGGUAAAUUAUUAAUGUAUAUACAUAUAUGUUUAUACAACAAGUUGUAAAUGCUACUAAUAUAGAAUCAAUAAAGCAAUUACAUAUAUUUUUCAUUUGGAGACCUUUUUACACUGUUUUUUGGAUUCCAUUGUUGCACAUGUGUGUGCAGUACCCGAACCUGGAGAGGAUUAAAACUAUUUUUCAUGUUAUCAAACUUGUUGGAAAAGUAGGAAGGAUAAAUUAAGAAUGAUAGAUAAGGUUGAUCGAUGCGUAUGCCUUGUGGUGA